GCUCUGCUCUUGCUAUGGGACAUCUCAGCAUCUUGCUAGUGCUCAGCCUGCUGGCUACAGCAUGUCUUCUACUGCAGGCGUGUCCCCCAAACUGUCACUGCCAUGGGGGGGACCUUCAGCACGUGAUCUGUGACACUGCAGGACUAAAGAAGGUGCCUAAGGUGUCUGAGCAAACUCGGCUACUGAACCUGAUGAGGAACAGUUUCCCAGUAUUGGCCCCAAACUCCUUCAAGGAAAUAAAAGGUUUGGUGUCUCUGCACUUACAGCACUGCCAAAUCAAGGAGGUAUCUAGUGGAGCAUUCAGGGGCCUUAAGAAGCUAGUCUAUCUCUACCUGUCUAACAAUGAGAUCACCGUGCUGGGAGCAGGUGCUUUUGACGAGCUGACUGAACUCACUUAUCUCUACAUGGACCACAAUAAGAUCCUUGACCUUCCCAAAGGUCUCCUGUCUCCUCUUUUUAACCUCUUCAUCCUCCAGCUCAGUAGCAAUAAGAUUCGGGACCUGAAAGCAGGGAUCUUUGCUGGUGCUAAAGACCUGCGCUGGCUCUAUCUCUCAGACAAUGAGAUCACUUCUCUUCAGCCGGGUUCUCUGGACGAGGUGGAGAACCUAGCUAUCUUUCACUUGGAUGGAAAUCAGCUCAGCUCCUACCCAUUGGCUGCAAUCAGCAAACUACGUGUAGUGGAAAAUCUAAAGUUAUCCCGAAAUCCCAUAAAAGUGAUUCCUGAUUUUGCAUUCCAGUCAUUUGGUCGUUAUAUGGAAUCUCUUGUCAUGGACAAUAUGGGUCUGGAAAAGUUUUCAGAUAAAGCUUUUGUUGGGGUCACUACCCUAAAGACGCUCGACCUUGAGGCAAACAGGCUUAGUAUUCUUCCUGCCAACUUCCCAUACUCCACAUUGCAGACCUUGAAGGUGGCUAACAACCCGUGGCACUGCACUUGCCAACUGGCACCUCUUAGAAGGUGGAUGGACAGCACCCGCUCACGUCCUGAUGCCUUGUGCGCUGGCCCAUCUCAAUACCGCUCACAGCAGCUGCGAGACACUACGGCUUUCCGUUCAUGCAAACAGCCAACAAAGAAACUACGCAAGGGAGAGCGUCAUUAAAAAGGCUUCUAAUGGACAGUCCUGGUGACUGUGACCCUGUUGACCAGAAAACUACUGACCUCUAGGAGCAGCCAGAAGUUCCUCCCACAGUGUCUGGACUCAUCUCACAUUGCAGUCUACCUAUGCCAAGCCCUUGCCACCUGCAUGCAUGAAAUCACGUGACUAACAGCUAUGCCUUGUUGAUCACGUUAAUAGUUUGUGUGUAUGUGAUUGUAUAUGCAUUUCUACACAUGUUCACGUACAUACAUUUUACAUGAUUUCUAUACUGUUAUAAUCCAUUUAUUUAUCAUAUUUAUUCCUGAACACACCAGGCUAAAACGCUCUCUUCACCUUACACAGCUUGAAAUCUUGACCGCAUUUACCCCAGGUAACCUCACGAUUAGCAAAUGAACUUCCACUAACAGUUCCUACUUCCAGAAGUUCACUCUAAACCUCUAUCAACCUCAGUAUAACACCCUACCAUCCUUACAAAAAGUACCUGUUGCUGCACUUCAAACUCCUGUAAUUUCAAACAAAACUGUAUAUUUGUAUUUAGAAAUAUGUAUGUAUAAAGGUGAUUCCUGCAACA